UUUACUACAUACGCCACACAACAGUGAUUCGAGUGCUCGAGACCGAUUUUGAAGCAGUUGUUUGUCAUUUAUAGCGAACAAAAUGUCGAUGACAAAUAAAAAAAGUAUGUUUAUAUCGUUUCGCGAUGAUCCAAAGGACAAGCAAAGCAUUUUCGAGGAAAUUCGUUUAAACGUUCGUCGCGGAUUGAAUCAUUUAAAAAGUACGAAUAUUCCCUCAACGCAAGAAAUCACAAAAGAAAUGAAUGAUUUGGCCAUCGAAGAAAUGACAUCAAAUGAUCUUUGCAAUGAUCUUCGAGCGUACUAUCGUACACAUGAAUGCCGUUUGCGAGACGUUGUUUAUACUAAAAAAUUAUUCAGCGCAAUUUGUUGUAAUGCUCAUAUCUUCAAAGACAAGAUUGUGCUCGAUGUGAGUUGUGAUGUAGGAAUGUCGUCGAUGUUCAGCGUAAUUGCUGGUGCAAAACAUGUGUAUGCGGUUGACACAUCAAACAUUGUACAAUUGACGAAACGUAUUAUAGCCGAUAAUAAUUUGACGGAUAAAAUUACUGUGAUCAAAGGAAAAGUGGCAGAUAUUACGUUGCCGGUUGAUGAGGUUGAUAUAAUUGUGUCGACAUUUUUUGGGCAGUCAUUGCUUUGUGAAAAUCGAAUAGACGAACUUAUUGAUGCGCGUGAAAAAUGGUUGAAACCGAAUGGAUUGAUUUUGCCGAAUCGAUGUAGCCUUUACUUAGCCGCAGUAAACCAUAGCAUGCUUUGCGAUCGAAGUAAUUUCUGGACACACGUGUAUAAAUUCGAUAUGCGGCCAAUGAUUAAAGCUGUUAACACCGAACCGUAUUUACAGCAUGUGAAAAUGGAUAAGAUUGUAACGAAUACUUGUCCAAUCAAAGUCUUUAACAUGUACACUGUUAAAAAGGGUGACUAUCGCCAGUUCGAUGCACCAUUUUGCUUGGAGAGCAGAUUUAAAGCAAACAUUGGUGCAUUUAUCACGUAUUUCGAUAUUGAAUUCACGGAAGGCAUUCAACCAAUCAAAUUUACAUGUCAACCCGGUAUGGAGAUAACAUAUUGGAGUCAAAUGGUUUUCUUUCUUUCCAUCAAUGAUUUUAUGCUUGACAAAGACGAAAGUUUUUCGGGUGUGUUUCGUUUCAAUGCUCUAUCAGACGACUACCGUAAAAUUGAUUGGAAUAUCGAGAUUAUGCACAAAGGAAUUCAUGGAACAUUCAGAGAAAAUUGGAAUUUCCAAACCAAAUAAUAUAUAUUUGACAUCAAUUGAAUGUAGACAUCAUUUAAUUUUCGUUUCAUUCAAAUGGAAUAGUUUAUGUUAAGGAUUUAAUGACUCGUGCCUAUCAAAUAUCGGUCGAAUUGAAUACUCUAUGCGAUCAUUGUUUUAGUACGUGAUUGAAUGUGAAAAUGUUAAGUUAAUGAAACAAUAAAGACCAGAUCAAAUAAUUUAAA